AUGGCUUCGCAUGACGCGCCACCAAUAGCAGCGCUGUUCCGAGUCAUCUUCGACCAAAAGGUAGGCUACACCAUCGCCUGGCAACGGACACUACCCGAUCUUGAUCUCUCCGGCGUGGAAUUCAGAUCACUGCCAUCUGGACUACAUGGAGUGAAGAAAGACAUUGUAUACUUCGUCCAUGGCGAUGGACAGUAUGCCGGCAUCAGUGCCUUUGCCCAGGACGUCGCAGACGAAUCCCAUCGGAACGCCUUCUUCUGUGCGGUCGGUGUGCUGGUUCCACUCAACGGGACCCAGCUGGGGAAGAGCUGGCUACACGCGUCUGGUCUACGGGAGCUGGCGCGGCAGCAACUUAAGCAUGGUCAAGACAAUCGAGUCAUUGAGUUGUACUGGAAGAACCAUAGGGCAGACAAUGGCACCUCGGGACAAUCUGCCUCGCCAGAGCAAAGUAGACGAUCAUCCGGUGCCGGGAUGAAAAAGAAGAGAGCGGUGUCGAAUGCCACGGAAGGCCUUCAUAUCGGCGAUGGCAAGGCUACAGACCACCCUGCCCUGCACAUGCACGAUUUCCUGGAAACCUUUGGACCUUUGAUCUUUCCAAUCUAUCGUGCAGCUCUGUCACGACAGCGCAUCCUCCUGCUUGGCUCCCCUCCUGUUCAGCAAAGCUGCAGCACCGUCUACAUUCUCUCCAUCCUCUCCAGUAUAACCCACGCUGCAGCAGAUGCGCUACAGCCUGAUGCCGUAGAUGAGCUGGCCAGAACUGAGAGCCUGUUCAGCAUUGGUAUUGCGGACAUGACCACACUCACAAGCAGAUCCGGUGCCAAUGGAUAUGUGGCUACGACUACAGAUGACAUUCUAGGAGAGAAGAAGACGCUGUAUGAUCUGCUAGUAGAGCUUCCGCCAGCGAGUCCGGGGUCGAAGCGGCGCUGGCCACGACUAUCCACAUCGGAAGGUAAGAUCAUCAGAGCUAGUCAGCGCGAUCUGCGCAGGUAUAGACUUCUGCGAGAAGAGCUGCGCCGCCUAGGCAUUUUACAGAGCGACCACCAUGAUGGAGCCGAGGACGCAUUGCUAGUGGAGACAAAUUCUGCAACCAACGACGUUCAGCACGAUGAGAGUGAGAUUGUCGAGCCUGUCAGCUGGACUGCCGCAGCAUACAACGCAGCAAUCUGGUGGGCAUCAGCCGGCGCCAAUCAUCUUGACAACGAAGCAGAAGAAGAGCUGCUCCUUGAGCAAGAACUUCUAGCAGAGCUUCCAGAGAUCCAUGAUGCUCUUUCGACUGACAACAAUACCACAACCCCGACCGCGGACAACAAUCAAGAAGGUCUGAGCUCGAAAGCUGAAACCGCCACUCUACUGACAUCCUACUUCCACCGCCUGACCACCCACAUCAUCACGAGCCUAGCUUCUCUCGUCGACGGCGCCGAUGACGAGACCGAGGCCGGCGUCUCGGAGGAUGCUGUGAGUGUUUCCGCUGAAGAUGUCAGGAACUUGAGUCUGGAUCCUUGGAGUGAGAGCGAUAGGGUAUUUGUUGCUGAGAUGGUGAAGAAGUGGUUUGGGAGGGAGACGGAGGUAGGCAAGGCUGAGGGCUGGACUGUCUGUGGGGUUAGGGUGUGCUGA